GCUCGGUUUCGGUACGUCGGUAAGUUUCUCGGACAUAGUGAACAAAUAGUGUAUAAUUGAAAUAAAAGUGUGAAAUAGUGAAAAGUGUUGAAAAGGAUAUGCACCGUUAAAGGACAAAAUUAUAUAUGUCCUUUACACCACCUGGUGCAUAGUCCAUUAGAAAAAGGAUAAUCAAGGAUAAUCAAGGAUAAUAAAUGCAAGGAUUAUUAAAUUUAAAGCUGUAUUUGAUCUCGUAUUUAUUUAUAUGCGCAUUUGGCUUAAAGCGGAUGCCACCCCGGUAGUGGAUUUGCAGUAACUGUACUUUGAAAGUGAAAACUUAAAAACAUUUGUGAUUUUAAUGAAAAUGAAUUGGUGUUUUGUGGUGACUCUGCUGCUAAUGCAGCUUUAUGGCCACCCAACAGCGGCGGAGCCUGGCGAUAUUGUGGAAGCGGUGGCGCCAAAUCCAAUCAGCGCCGAAAAAGACGAACAAGUUGAUAAUAACCGCGAGGAGCGUGACUUUUUUGGACUAUUCAAGAAAAAAACAGCAGCAGUGCCGACGGUGGGCAUAGGCUUGGGUGGCGGUAAUAGCGGCUAUGGCGCAGCUAAGAGCGGGGGCUUCGGUUACGGCGGCGGAGCACAUUUUGGCAUCAAGACAAGUCAAGCUGGCUAUGGGCACGGUUCUGGUGGUCCUGGUGGUUACGGCCAUGGUCAUGGUUACGGUGGCGGCAGCUCCUACAACUUAUCACCAGCAUUCGGCGUAAAGACAGUCUCUAAUGUGCAAUUAAAUAACGACUUCCUGACGCACGAACGCCCCCAAAUAUCCGCUUACGCCAAUUGCCCAGCAUACAGACUACCCCCGAAUGUGAAGGUGAAAUGUCGGGACAAUCAAUGUGAAGUAAGUUGUCCGCCACAAUACAGUUUUCCAGAUGGCACAAACCUACUGAAAAUGAUCUGCAUGAGUGGAUCGUGGAUAAUACGCGAUUCGGCUAUUACGACUGUGCCGCCCUGUCAAGCUACUUGCAUACCACCCUGUGAGAAUAACGGCAUUUGCUUAGAAGCAGGCAUUUGUAAAUGCGCUGAGAAUUUCUACGGUCCAUGGUGUCAGAAUAAGAAAACAUUCUGUGGCGGUAAGCCACCAAUACCGAAGAACUCGCGAGUUAGUUGCAGUAAUAACGUUUGCAAUGCCGAGUGCAUGAGUGGCUUUCAGUACCCGGAUGGCAGUACUAUAACCAAUCUCGAGUGCGUGGAUGGUGUUUGGUUUCAUAAGAAGUCAAAUUCACCAAAACCACCUGAUUGCGGACCAAUUUGUGAACCACCCUGCGAGAACGACGGUCAAUGCAUUUCCUUUAAUGUUUGUCAGUGUACGCAAAAAUAUCGCGGCAACUACUGCCAACACAGCGUGCAAGCUUGCAAUGUGACGAAGACUGGCUUUAAUGGCAGCUACAAGUGUAACUACGAUGGCAUAGAAGCUAAAUGCAAAUUUUCUUGCCCCUCGGUGCUGGGUUUGAAAGUGCAGGGCAGCUUGGACAUUGACUAUGCCUGCGAAUACAGUGUUGGCGAAUUCUUCCCCAAGCCAUUGCCGAAGUGUAUAUAUCCUCCUGGUUACAUCAUUCGUCCUGGUUCACAUGCUUCACAAUAUUCGAAGAGUGCGGCUUAUACUAUCGGUGGUGGUAGUGCAGAAUUUGGUAUGCAGUGGACCACAGAACGCGAGCGCCUCCAAGCAAUACUGGCCAAAUAUAAGGAUAUAGAGCGUCAUAGUGAAUGGUGGUCUUCGGAAGAGACGGCAAUAUCUCCGACUCGUUUUACACUAUAUAUGGAGGGCGACGUGGAUGUGAUGAUUGAUCGCGCACCAAAGCCUGCGUUGUGCACCACUUGGGGUGGUGUCAACAUGAAGACGUUCGAUGGAUUGGUUUUUAAAGCGCCUCUUUCGUGCUCCCAUACGCUAGUGAACGAUAAAGUCGAUGCUACGUUCGAUGUAACACUCAAAGCUUGUCCGUAUGGCUCUGGCUAUGGCUGUGCUCAUUCGCUACAGAUAUACUGGCAAUCCAUACCAUAUACGUUGGACAAUCUGAAUGGCACGAUUCAUCUUUCCACGCCAGCUAAAAAAUUACCCAUACCCGUACAGGUGAUGGGCAUGAAGAUCAUACCUGUUGCUCAACAUAUGCAAAUCCAGCUGGAGUCUGUUGGCCUGCAAAUUGAUUGGGACCGUCAUCAGUAUUUGGGCAUCCAUGCCGGGCCUUUGCUGUGGUCUAAAGUUGGUGGUUUGUGCGGCUCGCUAGACGGUGACUACAAGAAUGACUUGACGGCGAAAAGUGGUGUGGUCGUGGAGACUGUUAAGUCCUUUACAGACUCGUGGCGCGUUGAUGACAAAUCAGAUUUGUGUAUAAUGGAAAAUAGUCGUGAGUUAGACUUUGGCAUAGAUUCCUGUGAAAUUUCCAAACAGAAGAAGGCAGUAGAAGUCUGCAGUCGGCUUUUGUCAAAUGAAAAACUGGAGCAAUGUGUGAAGGGCAUUAACUUUGAGGCAAUGCUGCGCGUAUGUGUCGACGAUUAUUGCAAUUGUCCGAAUCGUGAGCAUCCAGAGACUUGCAACUGUGAUGCAGUCUCUAUGUUGGCCAAGGAGUGCAUCUUCAAGGGUGUCAAAUUGGAGCAUGGCUGGCGUGAUUUAGAAAUAUGUCCUGUAAGCUGUAGCUAUGGACGUGUGUAUUUGCCAUGUGGUCCAGAUGUUGAGCCCACCUGUGACAUGGCAGUAACACCAAGCAAAGGAAAAUGUAAUGAAGGCUGCUUCUGCCCUGAAGGUACAGUGCAGUACAAGGACGCCUGCAUCACACAAGAGCUAUGCCCAUGCACUAUGCGCGGCAAGGAGUUCAAGCCAGAAGCGAGCAUUAAAAAGAAAUGCAAUACAUGCACCUGCAAAUCUGGCCAGUGGAAAUGCACGGACGAGGAGUGUGGCGCUCGCUGCGGCGCCAUAGGCGAUCCGCAUUAUCAGACGUUCGAUGGCAAACGUUUUGACUUUAUGGGUCAGUGCUCCUACUAUUUGCUUAAGACAGCUAAAUUGUCGGUGGAAGCAGAGAAUGUGGCUUGUUCUGGCGCGAUUUCUGAGAAUUUGAAUUUGGUGGCCGCUGCAGAGAAUCCGUCAUGCACCAAAUCGGUUACGCUCCGCUUUACGCUAAAGAACGGCGUGCCGACCACUGUGCGCCUGAGUCAGGAUAUGCUUGUGCAUAUAAACGAGAAACAAAUCACAAAGUUUCCCAAAAUACUUGGCGCUGGCGAGGCACUUAUACGUUUGGCCAGUUCGAGCUUCAUGACAGUUGAAUUCCCCGAUGGCGUACGCAUUUGGUGGGAUGGUAUCUCACGUGUCUAUAUUGAUGCACCGCCAAGUUAUCGCAAUCAGACUGCAGGCCUAUGUGGCACCUUCAACUCGAACACACAAGAUGACUUCUUAACGCCGGAAGGUGAUAUUGAGACGGCUGUAGAGCCGUUUGCCGACAAGUGGCGCACAAAGGAUACUUGCGAUUUCCCAACCGAUACUGUACCUGGUCCACAUCCAUGCAGCGCAAACCCCGACAAGCGUGAUGUUGCAGAAAAAUACUGUAACUGGAUUAUGGAUGACAUAUUCCAAGACUGUCAUUGGACCGUUGAACCUGAGCAAUACUACGAAGACUGUUUGUAUGAUGUCUGCGCGUGCAAAGAUGAGCCUGACAAGUGUUUCUGUCCCAUCUUGGCUGCCUACGGUACUGAGUGUACGCGUCAAGGUAUUAAAACUGGCUGGCGUAUGGCGGUAAAGGAAUGUGCUGUUAAAUGUCCAAUGGGUCAAGUGUAUGACGAGUGCGGCGACACAUGUUCGCGUACCUGCAGCGAUUUGGCUACCAAAAAUAGUUGCAAGAAAGAAUGUGUUGAGGGUUGUCGUUGCCCACAUGGUGAGUACUUGAACGAAAAGAACGAGUGCGUGCCACAGCACAAGUGUACUUGCACUUACGACAGUAUUACCUUCAAACCGGGUUACAAAGAAGUGCGACCGGGUGAAAAGUUCCUGGAUUUGUGCACUUGCACGAAUGGCAUAUGGGAGUGUGAGGAUGCCGAACCUGGUGAUGAGGAGAAGUACCCACCUUCAUCACAACUGCGCGCCGACUGUGCGAAUCGCCCCUACGCCGAGUUCUCUAAGUGUGCACCCAAUGAACCGAAAACCUGCAAGAAUAUGCAUGAGUAUGUGGAGAAUCUUGAGGACUGCGCGCCCGGUUGUGUCUGCAUGAGCGGUUAUGUUUAUGACACCUCACGCAAAGCUUGUGUCCUACCCGAGCAUUGUUCAUGUCAUCACGCCGGCAAGAGCUACUCUGAUGGCGAAAAGAUUAAGGAGGAUUGUAAUAUAUGCGUUUGUAAGAGUGGCAAUUGGUCGUGUUCCUCCAAUGGCUGUGGCUCGACCUGUUCCGUAUGGGGGGACUCGCAUUUCACUACAUACGAUAAUCACGACUUCGACUUCCAAGGGGCCUGCGAUUAUAUACUCUCCAAGGGUGUGGCAGACAAUGGCGAUGGUUUUACUGUUACAAUACAGAAUGUCUUGUGUGGUACAAUGGGCGUAACUUGUUCGAAGUCGGUCGAGAUUUCAUUAACCGGUAGUGUACAGGAUACCAUUACACUGGCUGCAGAUUCGACUUACACAACUGACCCGAACAAAUCGGCGAUUAAAAAAAUCCGUGACGCUAGCAAUGCCAAAGGUCAUGGCGCCUUCCACAUCUACAAAGCUGGCGUAUUCAUUGUGGUCGAAGUAAUACCACUCAAAUUGCAAUUGAAAUGGGAUGAAGGCACACGCGUCUACGUGAAACUCGGCAACGAGUGGAAGAACAAAGUGAAAGGAUUGUGCGGCAAUUACAAUGACAACGCCAUGGAUGACAUGCAAACGCCAUCUCAAGGCAUCGAAACAAGUCCACUCAUCUUCGGACAUGCAUGGAAGAUGCAACAAUUUUGCGCACAACCAACGACACCCAUAGAUGCGUGCAGAGAGCAUCCGGAACGAGAGACGUGGGCACAACUCAAAUGUGGUGUACUAAAAUCGGAAAUAUUUAAGGAUUGCCACGCUGAAGUGUCUGUUGAGAAGUACCUGAAACGUUGCAUAUUCGAUACGUGCGCCUGCGACCAGGGAGGCGAUUGCGAAUGCCUGUGUACGGCGGUGGCCACCUAUGCGCACGCCUGCUCGCAAAAGGGCAUCAAUAUACGUUGGCGUACGCCACACUUCUGUCCAAUGCAAUGCGACUCCCAUUGCUCGGAAUAUCAGUCCUGCACACCCGCCUGCGCUGUUGAGACCUGCGACAAUUUCCUCGACCAAGGCAUGACAGAACGCAUGUGCAACCGCGAGAACUGCCUUGAGGGCUGUUUCAUCAAACCCUGCGACGACGGCAUGAUCUACCUCAAUGAUACCUACAAAGAAUGCGUACCGAAGGCUGACUGCAAACCGGUAUGCAUGCUGCGCGAUGGCAAGACCUAUUACGAAGGCGAUGUAACGUAUGUGGAUGAUUGUGCCACAUGCCGUUGCUCGAAGAAAAAAGAGGUAUGCAGUGGCGUUAAGUGUAAGGAGCCUGCAACAACUGAGCACCCAAGCAAAAUUGUGGUCGAUAGCACUACGCAGCAUCCAAUGGGCACCGACACGCAGCCGAAGUGUGUACGUGGUUGGACACGCUGGUUCGAUAAGGACUCCGAUACGUCGGGCAAUAUUAUACAUCUAAACGAUGAGGAGAAGCUGCCUCGUUACGAUCGCAUGGAGAGUAUUUAUGGUACCUGCCAGAAGAAGUAUAUGAAGAAGAUUGAAUGCCGUGUAGUGGGCACACAUGAAUCACCUGACUACAUGGAUGAGAAUGUGCGCUGUAAUCUAGAGGAGGGACUUGUUUGCCAGGGCAAGUGCCACGACUAUGAGUUACGUGUCUUCUGCCAGUGCGAUGAGGAGGUAGUAACACCACCGACGCCGACUGAGAAGCCACAAAUCGGACUGCCAUGCAACUCGCUGAUAGCCGAGUAUAAGGAGUACCCGGGUGACUGCCAUAAGUUCCUGCAUUGCCAGCCAACGAACGAUGGCAACGGUUGGACAUAUGUGGAGAAGACUUGUGGUGAAUAUAUGAUGUUUAAUCCAACCGUGUAUGUAUGCGAUCAUAUAGCGACUGUGCAGCAAAUCAAACCGAGCUGUGGCAAGAUACCAUCAAGCUCAGAGGUUGAAACACCUAGUGAGUGCGCUGAAGGAAAAGUGAUGGUGGAGUGUGCAAAUCAGUGCGAAUUCACUUGCGAUUACUAUGGUUCGAUAUUGCGCAAGCGCGGUCUCUGCAAGAAGGGCGAGCAUUGUAAGCCUGGAUGCGUGGACAAGCAUCGACCCGAUUGUUGGGCAUUGGGUAAGUACUGGCGCGAUGAGGAUACUUGCGUAGAAAUGGAUGAAUGCCCUUGCAUGGAUAAAUCGGAGAAGUACGUGCAGCCACAUAUGCCUGUACUCGGCGAGGACGAAGUGUGUCAGUGCAUUGACAACGCAUAUACCUGCGUGCCAAAUAAGUUGCCGGUGGUGACUAAAUUACCCUACUUCUUAAGUACUACGCCUACAACGGAAGAACACGAACCAGAAAUUCUGCCACCCACAGUGGCACCACAUUUGCAUUGUGAGCCCGAACGCUUGAUACCGUUAAUACAAGGCGAUCAACCAUUGCCUGAUAGCGUCUUCAACGCGAGCUCUUCACUCAACGCCUUCAAUGCACCCUUCAUGGCGCGUAUUCCUAAGAAUCCAAAGAGCAGCAUCGGCAGUUGGUCGCCUAUCAUUGAUGACCAGAUGCAGUAUCUGCAGAUCAGUUUCGCAGAGCCUGAACCUAUUUUCGGAGUUAUUAUGGCCGGCAGUCCCGAUUUCGAUAACUAUGUUACGCUUUUUAAGAUGCUCUACAGCCACGACGCCGAGUCCUAUUACUAUUUGGUAGACGAAACCGAUGCACCACAAAAGUUCAAUGGACCCCUCGAUUCGCGUACGCCACAGAAGACACUCUUCAACAUUCCCGUCGAAGCGAAAUCUGUACGCAUUUAUCCACUCAAAUGGCAUGGUCGUAUCGCUAUGCGUGCAGAGCUGCUCGGUUGUGGGGAACCGGCCACAACAACAGUGCCAACAACCACUGAACAGCCCAAAUUUGAGAAACUCAUAAUGACUACUACCAUGAAACCGAUUAUUUGGCCGGGUGCAGGGAAGUGCUUGGAUCGCAUGGGUGUGGACAAUGGUAAAAUGCAUCCGCAGCAAGUGAAGGCCAGCAGUAUCUGGAAAUUACCACAACCGGCCAAAAAACCACGCUUAAUAGACCUGCUCAAGCUGUCCUCUCCUGUCGGCUGGCGGCCUGUGGCUAAUACACCGAAUGAAUAUGUGCAGUUUGACUUCUUGGCACCACGUAAUGUCUCUGGUUUUAUCACUAAAGGCGGCCCUGAUGGUUGGGUUACCAGCUUUAAGGUUAUGUUCUCCAAGAAUAAGUUGAUUUGGAAUAAGGUGCUCUAUUUCGAUGGACAACCCGAGCAGUUCCGCGGCAACUACGAUUCAAAUAGCGAGGUUGUGAAUAGUUUCCGUUCGCCUAUAUUGACGCAGUACUUCAAGAUUGUGCCUUCCAAGUGGGAGAAGAAUAUUAAUAUGCGUAUAGAGCCAGUGGGCUGCUUCGAAACAUAUUUGGAGGUUAAGGAAGAGGAGCCUGAGCUUGACAAGCCUCAAUCAAAAUGCCAUGUUUGUGAUGGCGUUCUAGAUACUACCGCGCCAGGUGAAGGCUGCAAGUGCAGUAACGGUUUGUUCUGGGAUGGACAGAAUUGCGUGCAGAGUAAUCUAUGCCCAUGUGUUGAGGAAUAUAGCACUUACCCCAUCGGCACUAAAUAUGAAAAUAAGCAUUGCGAGGAAUGUGUCUGUGUUUUAGGCGGCCACUCCAAUUGCAAGCCGAAGAAGUGCCCACCUUGUGUGGAGACUAACUUGCGUUCAUUGGUUACGCCAGAUUGCUUCUGCAAAUGUGAACCUUGCCCGAAAUAUCAACGCAUCUGUCCGUCAAGUGGUGACUGCAUACCUGAACUGCUUUGGUGCAAUGGCGUACAAGAUUGCGCUGAUGACGAGGAUGACUCGUGCGAGAAAAAGUUCGAAGUGACUCCACAACCAAUUGUUAAUAAAAAUGAAACUGUGAUCAUCAAGUGUCCAGAACCCGAAUGCCCGCCUAAUAUGAAGAUAAAGUUAUUGGAAAAGAAACAACGCAAAAUGUCUCAGAUGUUUGCCAAGUCUUUCACCGACAUGGAGGCCGUUGGCAAUAAUAUGGUCAAAAUUAUCAAGACAAAUGUUAUGGUGAGCGAAACUCAAGAAUUCCUAAUGAUGCCGACAGAAGAAGUAAGCGGUGUAGAGGAGGAGGAAUGUGCCGAAUUCACGUGCGUGCCAAUACCAACAAAAGUGGUGCAGAAAAACGAAACUGUCGUUUGUGUGGAGCCUAAGUGCCCUGAAAACUACGAAAUUGAAUUGGAUAUGUCGAAUGCUAAGCCAGGUCAAUGCCGCAAAUAUGCGUGUGUACUCAAACCGACUAAAGAUGAUUCCUGCGAAAUUAGUGGCAAAUUAUUCACCACCUUUGAUGGCACUGAGUUUAAGUAUGAGACGUGCAGUCAUAUAUUGGCGCGUGAUAUCAAGAAUUCCAAUUGGGUGAUAACUGUACAACUUCUCUGCGAAGAUGAAGCACGGAAAAUCUGCCAUAAAAUGGUCACGAUCAAAGAUAUCGAAUCGCAGGCUAUAUUAACGAUUAUGCCGAAUAUGAAAUUGAAUUUCAAUGGCUUCGAGUAUACCGUACCGCAACUCAUGAAUUCACCCAUCUGCAAGGCGGCCUUCGUCAUCUCACAGCCAGGCCGCACUGUAUUGGUGGUGUCGCGCAAACAUGGCUAUUGGGUACUCUACAAUGACAUCGGUUACAUCAAGAUUGGCAUUUCGUCUAAGUAUCUACGCACCGUGGAUGGGUUGUGCGGCUACUACGAUGGCAUUCCAAGCAAUGACAAACGCACGCCGGAUGGCAGUCUGAUGCAGAACACAGUGAAGUUUGGUGACAGCUGGUUCGACAAGAAGAUACCGAAGGAAAUGUGCUACCCACAAGCGUGCCCAAUUGAGUCGCAAAAGAAGGCGUUAGCGUUGUGCAAUGCCAUUAGGCAUCCGGUGUUCGUUAAGUGCAACAAGGCGGUCAACUACAAACAGUUCGUUAGCAAAUGCAUCGAGACCACUUGUGAGUGCCUGCAGGCACAUCCGGGUGAGGACAACACUUGCAAAUGCAAUGCAUUGCAGGACUUUGUUGCCAAGUGUUUGACGAUCAAUCCCAAUGUACAAUUGAAUUUGUGGCGUGCGAUACAACAAUGUGAAAUUGAAUGUCCCGCGCCACUUAUUCACUCCGAUUGCUAUAAGCGCCGCUGCGAGCCAUCCUGUGACACACUGAAUACCGAUGAUUGUCCGAUUAUACCAGAUGCCUGCUUCCCGGGCUGUUACUGUCCCGAGGGUACCGUGCGACAGGGUAAGAAGUGCAUAACGGUGGCUGACUGUAAGGAUUGCGCAUGCAACUCUUUCGACAAAUCGCAAUUUUUCACUUAUGACAAGCGAAAUUUCCACUUCAACGGUAAUUGUACGUAUCUGCUUUCACGUGAUAUAGUACUACCCGGGCAGCAUAACUUCCAGGUUUAUGUGACAAUGGACUACUGCCAGCGACUUGGUUAUGCUGCCAAUUCAACUCAGGAAUCAUGCAUUAAAGCUUUCCAUGUCUUCAAUGGCGAUCAUCUCAUACAUAUUGAACGUCCGAAAGUGGGUAAAGUUCCUAGAAUUGUAGUUGAUGGCGCAGAGGAGAAAGUGCCUUUCAAAAAGUCUUGGAUCAGUAUGCGCGAAGUAAACGGCAAGGAAGUAUUGCUCUCGCUGCGGGAAAGUUAUGUAGACUUACGGGUGUCUUAUGAUGACAUGGCCUACACGCUCUCUGUGCCCAGCGUUAAGUACAGCUCUAAAAUGGAAGGUCUUUGCGGAGACUGCGAUCACAAUCCCAAUAAUGAUCUACUCGAAAAUCCCGCCAAGAAGAAGGGACGUAAGCCUAGCACAGAUUUAGCAAUUGUUCUGCAAAGUUGGCAGGCAGAGGAGCCCAAACUGGGCAAUGAUUUGCAAGUUUGUUCCAGCGAAAAUGUACCCGAAAAUGAAUGUGAACCUCCACCGCCCGAGAAGGAUCCUUGCAUGUUGUUCUACAAUGAACAGCUCUUCGGGCGAUGCAACACAAUCAUUGACCCAGCGAAAUAUGUCGCCUUGUGCCAGAAGGAAUUGUGCAAACCCGGCAACGAAAAACAAAGUUCGUGCAAUUUGAUGAGCGCUUAUGCGCGGGAAUGCGCAAAACAAGGCGUCUGUUUGAAUUGGCGGCGUCCCGAUAUGUGCCCCUUCGAUUGCCCCAGCGAUAUGGUUUAUGAGGCAUGUGGCUGCGCUAAGACUUGUGAUACCAUAAAGGCUUUGCACGAAUAUGAUGCAGUCAAUAUGAAGACCGAUACGUUUGUGAAGACCGUAGAAGUGAAUGAUAUGUGUUUGGCCGAGGAAAGUUUUGAAGGUUGCUUCUGUCCGCCGGGCCAAGUAAUGGAUAAUGGUGAGUGCGUGUUAGAACAGUCGUGCGUGAAAUGCGAUGACUUGGUGCAUGCGCCUGGCGACAAGUGGAAGAAGGACAAGUGCACCGAUUGUAAUUGCAAUCUCGAGGGUAAAGUCGAAUGCGUGGAGCAGAAAUGUCUGAUUGAGGAGAAUAUCUGCGCUGAAGGCUUUACACCGAAAAAGAUUGAAUUAACGGAUGUGUGUUGUCCACGCUACAGAUGUGUGCCGGAGCCGAAGUUGCCGCCGGCAAAGUUGUGUCUCGAACCGUUGAUGCCGAUAUGCGGCCCUGGACAGUUCAAGAAGCAGAAAACCGGUGCUGAUGGCUGUCCGCAAUUUAUAUGUGAAUGCAAGCCUAAAGAAGAAUGUGAAAAAUUGGAGUUGCCACGCGCUCUUAAACCAGGUGAAAAGGUGGUGGAAGAGGAUCUCGGUUGCUGUCCAACACAGGAGAUCGUUUGUGAUAUUAGCACAUGCCCACCGGCGCUGAAAGAAUGCGCUGAGCGCUUCUACGAGGUAGUAAGAAAACAAGAGUUGGGUGAUUGCUGUCCACACUAUUUAUGCGAACCACCCAAGGACAUGUGUAUUGUACAAAACGGACUGGGCGAGAAGUUCAUCAAACCGCUGAACGCGAAAUGGCCACAUCCAACAGAUCCCUGUAAGCAGGAGACGUGCGCUUAUGGUCCGAGCGGUAGCACACAAAUCAUAACAACGACUGAGACCUGUGAUACGUAUUGUCCGCCCGGCUUUACGUAUGCGAAUAAACAGCCCACGCUGAAGUGUUGCGGCGAAUGUGUGCAAGAGAAAUGUGUAAUCGAUAAUCAGCUAUACGAAGAGGAUGCGAUAUGGACGAGCGCCGACAAUUGCACCACCUACAUUUGUUUACGCAAGGGUGAGCUACUGAUAGUAUCAUCAUCCCACGAGACUUGCCCCGAUGUAAGCGCAUGUCCUGAGCACUUGUUGGUGGCCUCCGAGAGUGGCUGUUGUAAGCUGUGCAGGCCUGAACCGGAUGUUGAGGAGCAGAAGAACUGUUUGCCCGUUUCAUUGGCGGAACCGCUGACUGUGGAACUCAUAGAAGUCACACAGCCUGGUGUAGGUAAAUGUGUUAAUAAGGAACCCAUCCAAGGCUUCACAGACUGCGACGGUGCCUGCCAGUCGGGUGCGAAAUAUAAUAAAGUUUCGGCUGCACACGAGAAACAUUGCCACUGCUGUAGUAUAAAGGGUUGGAAAACAGUGCCGGUGCCGUUAACUUGUGCGAAUGGUAGUAAGAUAGUGAAGAAGGUGGAUGUGCCAGCGAGCUGUGGGUGCAGCCCUUGCGAUGAAAUGACCGGUUAUGAUUUUGGGGAUAAAAUUGAUGUUCGUAUGCACGCAUUACCCAAAAUGCUGUCCGGUCAACUACCAGCGCUUUGAGGCGACAUGGAAGAUGGCCAGCCACUUAAGACAUGUUUUUAGCACUUAAGAUUGGUUAUUAAGUGAUAAAUUAAAUUUGAAUUGGAAUACAAAACUACAAACAAA